UGCGCGCGUCGACCAGAAAAGCCGGAUGCUUGUUAAAAGUCGUUUAAUUCGGAGCGCUCGCUUGUGUUGGGGAGGCUGAGCUGAAGACAGAGAAGAUGUAGCUGAGUGUAGAGACAAUUUCAUGCAGCCUUUGAGAUCUUACUUUUCCAUAAAGAUGCCACAGUGUGCGCUGAGAGGAAACUGUUGUGCUGAAAGGAAGAAUUAACUGGUCUUUCAACUUCAGCCUUUUUAUUGUGAGAGGGGAGAUCACAGAAGUGUUACCAUGAGGAGAACAGCAGCGAAAGAUUCAAAGAAUAUUAAAAAAGACAAAGAUGGAAAGAAUCAGCAGGCAAACAACCCAUCUUUAAAAAGUGAACAGUUUAAUUGGGAUGAUUAUCUGAAAGAGACUGAAUCAGUAGCUGCCCCCCUGCAUUGUUUCAGACAGUCUAGAAUUCCGCCCAAGAACGAUUUCAAAGUUGGUAUGAAACUGGAAGCGCACGAUCCUCGCAAUGUUACCUCCGUUUGUAUAGCUACAGUAAUUGGAAUCACUGGUGCCAGGCUAAGGUUGCGGCUGGAUGGAAGUGACAACAAAAAUGAUUUCUGGAGGCUUGUGGAUUCCUCGGACAUACAGCCCAUUGGGACCUGUGAAAAGAAAGGGGGCAUGCUUCAGCCUCCACUUGGGUUCCAGAUGAAUGCAUCCUCUUGGCCAAUGUUUCUCUUAAGAACUCUCAAUGGAGCUGAAAUGGCACCUGCAGCGUUCUUUAAGAAGGAACCACCAAAACCUGUGCCAAACUGCUUUAAAGUUGGAAUGAAACUUGAAGCUAUAGAUAGAAAGAACCCAUACCUGAUUUGCCCAGCAACCAUUGGAGAUGUUAAAGGAGACGAAGUUUUUGUUACAUUUGAUGGUUGGAGGGGAGCAUUUGACUAUUGGUGCAGGUGUGAUUCUCGAGAUAUUUUCCCAGUCGGAUGGUGUAGCUUGACAGGAGAUGCAUUACAACCACCAGGGAACAAUGUUUCCAUUACAAAGAGCAGUGCAAAAAUCCAAUCUUCCCCUUCCAAAGUGACCCGGCGUUCAAUGCAGUCUCCACAGAAAUCUGCUCCAGUACCAGCGCAGCGGGGCAGGAAACCAGGUCGGGGCAAACCCCCUGGACAGUCUGCAGUUCCCAAGAAGGGCAGGUCUCCUAAAAAUAUUCCCCUGACAAAAAGCACCUCUCAUACUGAAAAUCCUAAAACAAGGAAAAAAAGUUUAAAACCUGGAAAAAAGAAAAAAAUCUUGCCAGAACAAGUGACUCCUACAUCUCCUUCUCAGUCAUCUCCGGAGGGGGAAAAUGGCACUACCCAGAUACUUAAAGAUGGAAUCAGUUUGUCUGGUGCAACUGCAGCAGUUAUAUCCACAGUGUGUGUUUAUGUGAACAAACAUGGAAAUUCUGGGCCUCACCUGGAUAAGAAGAAAGUUCAGCAGCUUCCAGACCAUUUUGGACCAGGUCCUGUCAAUGUGGUACUUCAGCAGGCUGUACAGGCUUGUGUGGAUUGUGCCUAUCAAGCCAAAACAGUCUUUGGAUUUCUGAAAUCUGGUCAUCAUGGAGGGGAAAUGAUAACUGCUUCCUUUGAUGGGGAAAAGCAUGCCAUCAAUCUUCCUUCUGUAAACAGUGCAUCGUUUGUCCUACGCUUCUUGGAGAAACUCUGCCACAGUCUGCAGUGCGAUAAUCUCUUCAGUAGCCAGCCUUUCAGCCCUUACAUGGGAUGUGCACAUAGUCCCAUGGAGUACGAUAGGAAUAAGCCAGCCAAAGAAGAAAUACCUGAAAACAGGAGUGCUAAACGAUACCCUCAGGACUCUCCACCAUACACUGCUCCUCUUUCCCCUAAGCUUCCCAGAAACGAUGCUCAUCCAUCUGAAGCAGAAACAUUGCCUAUAGAGGAAAACAGCACUUCCAAAGAACACCGAUUUUCUGAGGAUUCUAUGGAUUCUGCACUUAAUUCUGUAAAUCCAUCAAACCCAACCUGUCGAAAUUCCACAGAGUACCGCACUUCAGGAAAUGCUGCAUAUUACAGAAAUUCCCAUCAGCCAGCAACUGCUACCUCAAAUUCAGCCCCAGUCCUGCGCAGGCUGCCCCUGUGCUCUGCUGGGAGCAGUGGUUACUAUGAAGUCAGUAGGAAUCGGAUACAGAGGAGGAUUGAAGCUGCAAGUUCCACAACUGGACCAGAUUUGAAUUCACUAAAAAGGGAACCUUCAAGAAUAUUGAAUAAGGAUCCUUCCACUUGGUCAAUAGAGGAAGUAGUACGUUUUGUGAAAGAAGCUGAUCCACGGGCACUGGCUCCACAUGCAGAACUCUUCAGGAGACAUGAAAUUGAUGGGAAGGCACUGCUAUUACUGAGGAGUGAUAUGAUAAUGAAAUACAUGGGACUGAAGCUGGGGCCUGCCCUGAAGCUGUGCUACCACAUUGAACGGCUUAAACAAGGAAAGUUUUAGCCAGUGGGGAUACCACAAACACGUGUGCUCAGAUCACACCAAGCUCUCAGGUUCACAGCCAUGGCCUUGAUUUGAAACUCUUUUGCUGAUAUAAACUUUUAUUUUUUGAAAGUGCUCUCGAAAUGUAAAAGACACAUUUAGGAUAAAGGCAGGGAGGGAUUUGUAUUACAUUCUAGUAUUUUUGCAAACUGUUUCACAGAAAAUUGGCAGGGAAGGACAAUUGAUCAUACUGGGUGUGGGCAGGUCUGGUAACAAUGCUCUCCAAAUCCUGAAAAGUGUGUUCUGUGUUACAGGCUUCAGCCAGUGUGUUCAUAUCCAGAACCAAAACAGCUGAAUCCCAAAGGGAAAUAAUAAAUUAAACCAGCAUCAGGUGUUAAUAAUUUUUACAGGAGUGGCUGUAAACUUUUAUAUUGCAAGAAAAUCUUAAAAUAUAAGAUCUCAUCUCUGUAGUGAAUAUUCUGGUCUUUCAGAAGAGAGGAAGGGUUAUGGAAGAGAGGGCUUAAUACAAAUAUAAGCUUUUAUAAAGUGUGAUUAUCAGUCCUUUGGGAAGUUAUGAGGACAAAUGUAUCAUAUAUUGUCAGUUUAGGCAGGCAGUAAAUAUUUCUGUUUCAUGGAAGGUCAUAUUGGCUGUAUAAACAGCCAUUUCUGGGACAGACGGAUUUCACUGGAACAAUGCAUCCACAUAUUAAACAUUCCAUCUUUUUGCUAAGUUUGGCAUGGAUGUGUGUGUUCAUGCAUUUUAUAUGUACAUGUGUAUGUGUCAGGGAAAUAUACACUAUAUAAAAAUAUACAUACACACUGUACAUAUAUUUUCAGUUUUUUAAUGUGUACUUUGCACUGUGCCAGAGAGAACUGUACAAUUUCUUGUUGUUUUUUUUUUACCAGUACAUUUACUUGUAUAUUACUUUCAUUAGCACCUGUUUAAUUUGUUCUUGAGUCAGAAGGUGACAAACAAUCAAAAGGUGUCUUUAUUCAUACAGGCAAGAUCCCUGUACUAUGCAAUAAUCCUGGUUAUUCAUCCCUUAACUCUGAGACAUAUAUUCUGAUAUAUAUUUGGAAAGACACAUUUGGUUCCAAUGUUUGGGGUUUAUAUUUCCUGUGAGGAAGUGCUACUAUGUAACUGAUAAACCUUUUUUUGGGUAAAAUUGGUGCUGUUUGUAUAAGCUGCAAGAAUGAGUGGUGAUAAUAAAACAUUUUGUUGUCACUGCCAGUUGUAAAAUACAUCAGGGACAAAAAAAAUAUACUUUCUGCUUAGGAUACUGAAUGUACUAUAUGUAAUAGUCAAGUGAUAAAAACUGUUUGUUAGGGAAGGUGUAGUCCUAAAAUGGUAGGAUUUAUUAUAUUUCUUAAUGCCUUUUUAUAUGAAAGCGUAUAGUAUAAAUGUAUUUUUUACAAAUUCCUUUUUUGAAAGUUACUUUCUUUACCCAUAGAUUGAUACUUACCAGAUUUCAGCAGAGGUACUGCUAGAAAACAGUGAAUUUUUCUUGUAGUGACCUACAAGUCCAAGCAUUUUGUUAUUUUAAGUGACUGCAAUGCAAUUUCAAUUCAGAAAGUCAUUUGGGCCCUGAGAAUUGUUUUUGUUAUUACAUCAUUAGACAUUUGACACUAAAGUUUAUCUGUAUCGAUUUGUUUUGCAUAUCUUUUGUGGUGCAUGUAUACUUAGAUGAAUAAUACAGGCAUGCUCUUUAUAGUAAGAAAAGGUCAGAGCAUUGAUUGAAGAAACAAUAUUUUCUCUUGGU